AUGAGAAGGUUGGUGCCUCUCCACAUCACCUCCUCUCCCCUCUCGCCUUGCACUCCCCCCUUCCUCUCCUCUGUCGUCCUUAGUGGGUCGAGCACCUAUGGAAACGUAUACACGUCGUCGCCAUGCCACACCCUGACAACGAUGGCCCUUUCCGCGGCGUCGUCCUCGGACGCCCUGAACAACUGCACCUCCUUUGAAUCAGAGAGUGAGCUGUCUCUCGCACAGGAAGACCUGAAACAAUUGCAGUCGAACCUGCAGAGUACUCGAUCGUUUUCGGAGGUUCCAGCCUCGGCGCGGACGCGGCACACGUCGACGACUCCGCCGGCGCGAACGCUGCCGCCGCGCCUCCCUGUCUCGAUGAAGGCGGCUGCGUCCUCGUCGAUGUUGGUAAAGCCACUGCAGAUGACGACUUCAGUGGCACCAGGACCACCGUUACAGUGCCCUCCGCAGCUUGUCGUGCGUCCUCAGACUAUCGUACUGCCAGCUCUUCUCCAGCGUCCACGGUGGCACAACGUGGUCCAUGAGCGCUAUAGGGCGAGCGCGCCCGGGUACGUAGAUGCCUGUGCUCAAGUGCUCCGAGAUAUCCACAGUAUGUGGGAGGAAUGCAUGUUAAACGGCCGUCGCCGCGAGGAGGGUGUGCGAGGACGUCAAGGCGAUCAGGGCAAGGAUGAUGGGGAUAGUUGCUUCGCUAAACACGUCAGCGAGCUGCUGUUUCACGCACACACCGAUGCGCUUCUAGUCCUUUUGGAAGGGGUGAUCGGCAUCCACGACGGUGGUGACGCGUUUGCUGACAGUACUGCACCUUUCCACUGCAAGCUGAUCCUGCACUUGGUCGACAGACUGGCCCGGCGAACGGUGGAGCUGAGUGGAAAACAUAUGGCUCACCUCAGCCAUCUCUUACUGAGUUGCCCUUCCCUGCUCACCGUCGCACCUUCGGCCCAAAACAGUCAUGCGCAGACUCUCACGGCGGCGCAGCAGGAGGAUGUGUGGAACACCUUCGCCUUCUUGUGCUACGCAACACGUCGCAAUCUGCGCAGACGGCAAAAUGUCGACUCCCUUGAGGCGCUGCUGUGUGGCGUGUACAUGCGAAUCUAUAACGACUCCUCCACCGCACUGAACGGCGACAGGGGUAAUCGCGCCUCACGCCUCGCUUCUUCGAUGCGGCGGUGCUACGCAGAUGCCGUGGACGGUGGGCAGCAGCGUCAGUACGUCUGUCAUCUCUUCCCUCCUGGGCUCAUGGCAAAGGUGCGGCAGGCAGCACUAUGCCAUCUCGUGCAUCGUUGCUUGUUCAGCGGCGCUCCAGCCCACGUCGGUGCUGCUGAGGCGAUCACUGAGGAAAGAGUAACCCAGCUACUCGCCUGGGCACUUCUGCUGGCACCCAAGGACAUGGGCCCUGCCGUGCACGCCGCCGUCGUUCAUCGACUGCGCAGGAACUCCGGGCUGGCAGGCGGCGGAUUAACCGCUGGCGCUUCACCAGUGUAUGUCGAGUCGUGGCGGCGGCUGGCCCUUCGAGUCGAAGCCAUGGUGCCCCUCUACAGGAUUGGCGGGAAGCGUGCCACUGCUUCGCCUAAUGGUACGGAGGUCUUUCAGCGGCUCCACUGGGCAUUCAAAGACACAGACGGGUGGGCGGUGCCGUCGGCGGACCGUCUCCUCCUUGCAACGGUGCAGGAGCGAAGCCUCGCACAGAAAUACUCCUCAGUGCCGCCGUGGAGGGCAACAGAGUACGUGGCACCACGGGGAGUCGAGACAGCGCGGCUGUGUAGCGGAGACGCGGCGGCGCAACGUGUGGCGAACGGCGCAGCCGCUACACUGCGCGCGUAUGCUUUUCUCCGGUGGGAGCCGCUUAACGUCAGUGAGGCGGAGCAGCUAUUGCCCGACGAUGCACCUCUGGCGUUGAGCGCGUUACACAUGGAGAGAGCUCGAAGAGAAACCCGCGCGUCCAUUGUUGAGAGAAGUAUUGCGAAGGUAUGCGAGGAUACCAUCGAGACCGCUGCACAUCUACCGCUGCACGCCCUGUGCCUCGCCGAGGUUCUCUGUGUGCGCCUCCUACGGUCUCUGCACCGCUGGAGGGGUACAUCAACCGACGACAUCAUCGUACCUCCUGCCUCGAGCGGCGCUGCGGAGACGUCUCCAGCGAUCAUAGGCGCCUCGCAACAGCGCCGCAUUCUCGCAGCGCUGCGGCAGUUGUUGACCCACUUGCGCGCCGAGGGAGCCAUGGUCGCGUUACUUGGGCUGCAAGGUGAAGCUCGCAACACCGCGGCAACGGGUAGAUGCAGCAGCGAGCACGUUCAGCGAGAUCCUUCUCGCACUGCGCCGCCCAGUGCGCCAAUAUGGCCGUCCAUGCCACAGCGCACUUGGUGGCUACUCAGCAGCGCCAUGUGCCAACACGCAGAAGAUGCGGUGCGUGCGGCGCGCGAGUGGAUGGUCUAUCGUGAGAUGAUGGCGACUCCCCUCUCGCUCGCAAGCAUCCAGCGGGUGUGCGAGUGGUUGGUGGCACUCCCAGGUCCGAUGCACUCCUCACAGUUGGUAACGGUUCUCCGUGAGUGGGCAGAGAUGGAGAAGAACAAACUGAAUGACGCUUCAUCGCUUGGCCAGGAAUGCCUGAUGACGUGGGACGACGUGGUGCGGACUGCGCAGGAGCAGCACGCUGCACAAGCAUUGUUGGCCGUGCUUGAUGGACAGUGCACUAUCGCUGACGCGACAGCAGCGCCAUAUUGCUCCCCCUGCGGUGAGGAGCUGCGCCGCACAUAUGCCAUUAUGAUGGGCCCUACCUCAGCGCAGUUGCGACGACUUCAGUGGAUCGCCGAAGCCAACAGCAGCGCAGUGCGAGAAUGGCGGUGGAAUGUGGGUGUAGCGUCCCCCCAAAUGGGACGGGCUACAGUGAGCCGGCCCGCAGGCUUGCUGGACCCCACUUCUGCGGUUCCCGCUGCAGUGCUCUUGGUCGAGGCGACGGAGGUGAAUUUUACUGACACGGAGCAUGAGGCGGCGGUUCGGCUUCUGCGUUGGCGCUGCCUCUCCCACCUUUCCAGCCCCAAUACCUUCUCUUGGAGUGAUCGACUUGCCUGCAGAGCUUUGCAGAGUGCUCAGGCUGCGUCAUCUCCCACCACACAGCUGGUGGCAAAUAGCGACGAGGUGGUGAUCCCUGACCGCUCUUCCGCAGCGGACGGCGACGCCAAUGCACUGCCACACCAAUGGAAGCAUGACAGCGACACCAUCGUCUCUGCCGCUGCGCUUCACUACCUCCUUUCUAGGUGGAACAGGAUGGAGUCGUCAGCCGCAACAAUCACCGCGAUGUUUAGCACGGCAGAGCUGAACGAUGCCCUUCAGGCCCUCGCAGUGUACGUUGAAUUCCUUGAAAAGCCUCAGAACGAUGGUGUCAAUGAAGGGCAGUGCGGCGAGCGGGCGAGAAUCCGUCGACUGCGGUGUGCCGCCGCCGCUUAUGUGGACUGCUUGAGCGAUGCAUGGCGCGUUACUAUGCAGACUGCAGCGUCCACAACGUCCACACCUUCGCUUGGCAGGGUUGACGUGAAGGUGUUUCUAAUGUGUUUGCCCACACUCUAUCAGUGUGCACUAGAAAUGCACGAUAGACUGCUGAGGAACAAGGCUGAGCUCGGCAACGGCGAUGACGAGGUCCUGAGGAGUCUUCCAUGCCUCUCCGGUCCCCUUCAUGAGGCCGCGUUUCGUGCCCUGGUGAACAGUCCGGAAACACAGAGAGACACUAUCGAGACGACUCUGCUGCUGGCCGAUCACAUAACACGCAGAUGGCCUGUUCGGACAAAGAUAUCCCCCUUCUCCUCGAGGAGAGCUCAUUCCAGCAAAGUGUUACCCCUCCCAUUAAGUGAUGGCGCGCCAACGUUCUCGGUGCCACUCUCCGUCUACCGGCUCGUGCUCGCCACGUACGCAGCGACUCGAACGCCACUCCCGCAGCGCAUACGCGUGUGCUGCGAGGCGGCGCUCCGUCGCGAGAGAAAAAGGGUACUGGAGGAACCCUUGUAG